AUUGUUGUUCAGAUGAUGAAUGUCUUUCGUCGUAUUAUAAUAAAUUAAUUUUAUCUUUAACAUUCACAAACAAAGUGAUGUCUUUUUGUAUUUAGUUGCAAAAAAAGUUGUGAUAUUGAUAUCUAGUGAGAAAUUUAUUAUGAUGUUAGACAAUAUUGGAAUAUUAUACUAGAAACAAGUUGUGGAAGUUCAGGAAUAGGGAAAUAAUUAUCAACGAUGGAAACUAAAAAAAUUAAAGGUACAAAACCGUUUUUCCAAAAGAGAGAAAUCCUGUGGUAUUUCGUAUUCUCGGGUUUUGCAGUUAAUUAUAUGAUUCGUAUUAAUUUGAACUUAGCUGUAGUAUCUAUGGUGGCACCUAAAUCCAAAAACAAAGCGUCGAUAACAAGUGAAUGUCUUUCAGGCAAUAUCCCGAACAAUAAUUCAUAUAUAAAUGGAUAUCAAGAGAAUAGUACUUUUACAAAUCGUCACGUUCCGUUAAAUAAAACACUUUCAGAGCUAGAGAUUACAAGUAUACCAGAUCAGUAUUUUGAUUGGAAUGAAAAAGAAUUGGGUGCCAUAUUGGGAAGUUUCUUUUGGUUACAUUGGAUAACUCAAAUACCCGGUGGAAUUCUAGCUGCAAAAUAUGGAACUAAACUUAUAUUUGGAUUGUCAAAUUUCAUAGGAGUAUUCGCAAACUUUGUAAUUCCUUGGUUCGCACAUAAAGGAGCUCUGUAUCUGAUAUUUAUCAGAAGUAUCCAAGGAUUAUGUGCCGGCUUCUGUUGGCCUUCUAUGCAUCAUAUGGUUUCCAAAUGGAUCCCACCAAAUGAGAGAAGUAAAUUCAUAACAUCAUAUUUAGGCAGUUCAAUAGGAGCAGCUCUAACUUAUCUUCUAUGUGGUUUUAUCAUAGAAAGGUGGGGCUGGGAACAAGUAUUUUAUUCUUGUGGUGUAUUAGGAACUAUUUGGUUUAUAGCUUGGUGGUUCUCAGUUUAUGACAGCCCCGCUCAACAUCCGAGUAUAUCACAAGAAGAAAAAGACUAUAUAUCAAGUAGUUUAGGCAAAACAGUUUCUAAAGUAAAUAUACCAACUCCUUGGAAAAGCAUCUUGACCAAUAUUCCUUUGUGGGCUACAGUCGUGGCGCAAAUAGGUGCCUGUUGGGGAUUCUUUACCCUCAUGGUAAAUGGACCUACAUAUAUAAAAUUUAUUCAUGGUUGGGAUGUGCGUUUGACGGGACUACUUUGUGGAAUGCCACAUCUGUUCAGAGUCGUAUUUGCCUACAUAUUUUCGUUGCUAGGUGACUACUUAUUACGAACUGAGAAGAUGAAGAGGUCACACGUUAGGAAGUUUGCUACAUUAUGGGCAAAUGGUAUCCAAGCAGUAUUCAUGCUUGGCUUAGCUUAUUCAGGUUGUGAUAAAAUGACUGCAGUAGCUAUGUUGACACUUGCAGUAACUGUCAAUGGCGCGGUGUCCACAGGAGCAUUAGCUGGACUUGUAGAUAUCAGUCCUAAUCACUCAGCAAUAUUACUGGGAAUAUCGAAUACCGCUGUUGCAUUAGUGGGAUUUUGUACACCAGCUGUUAUUGGAUACUUUACAUUUCAAAACCAAACUGCAGUACAAUGGCAGAAAGUCUUUUGGGUUUGUGCAGGAAUACUACUCGCCAGUUGUGCUUUCUACACAAUAUUUGGAAAUUCUACAGUAGCUUCUUGGAAUUCGCCAAAAGAAAAUUCCGAUGGGCCAGAAACUGAGAUGAUGGUUACCAACGAAAAAAAUAAGAAAACCAAUGGAAAGGCAGAAGGAAACACGAUAAUGUACAGUAAUGAGGAGGUGUAUUGAAAUUAUGUAGCGCCAUAACAAACAAACACUCUACGAAUCCACCUCAUAUCUUUAGAAGUCGAAAUUACAAUAAUUGAAUUUACACGAUGACAAUUGAUGUUUGUGAAUUUCUUUACCAGUACCACGCAGCGUGAGAGUAAUAUAUGAUUCCAUGAGUCUAUUGCGGCAAAUAUUAAUAUCAAAUAAAUUAAUUAAUCCAAAUUUAAUUAUUCUUCAUAAUCUGUAAGCACUUGUUUGAAUUUCAAUGCCCCAAAAAGUCUAAUGGAGUGUGGAUCGGUAACAGAUUUGGACAUUCUGUGGAAAUUCGUUGAUUACUUCACUACCAAUAUGUCAUUUGUCAUAAGAAAUUAUUGCCUGUUGUGAACUUACCAAAUGUAAAGAAUCUCACAACUGUUUAUAUUAUUGUAUUAAAUUUUAUCAAUUUUGAAUGUAACUGGAUUCAUAAUGUACGAAUGGAUUGUUAUCUAGAACUAUAUGAUUUAUAAUAAAAUCUCAUGAAACUCA